UCCCCUCCCCCCAAAUCACAGCCGCCACUCUCACACUCUCCUUCCGUCCACUCCUCUCCGCCAGCGGCCGCCGCCGUUCUUGCCUCCUUGCUCGCGCCGUCGCGCGCUGCCGGGCUCAACCCCUGUGGGGAUCUGCGCCGCCGGAGGAGGAGCUGGGGACGCCGCCGUUGAGGAGGGCACUAUCGGGCGGUCGGGGGAGCAAUGGAAGGUGCGUGCCUGUGCUUACUCAAAUCCGCUUGCCAGUGCCUGGCAAGGGAGGCGACAUCAAGUGCCGCCAAAGAGAUGGCCUUGCAGGCUGGCGUUCAAGAGGACGCCAUGAUCCUGGCGGAAGAGCUCGGGGAGAUGCACAAGUUCCUUGCAGAUGUGGACAAGUAUGAGGAGGCUCGUGGAGAGAUGGAUCCGAGCGGUGAUGCUGAGGAGGCACCGGCACGGCGGUGGGUGGACAAAAUCCGGGACAUGGCAUGCGACAUCCAAGACUGCCUCCUGCAGCUCGCCCCUCACCGGGAGAGGCCGUCCUUGUGGAGGUUCCGGUGGACCUCUCUGGCUCCACGGCACUCUAUCGCCGCCGAGCUCAAGGACUUGGUGUCCCAAGUUAAUCGCGUGAGUGAGAGGAGGGAGCGCUAUCAAGUCGCCCGCUUCAUGGCGGCAUUGAGGAAGCCACCGGUCAGUCUGGUAGAGGAGGCGCGGCUGGCAACGGAUAUUGACCACAAGUUUGAUCUUGGCCAGCUGCUUGCGUGGCCCGAUGAAUCACUAUUGGUAAUCUCUGUAUGGACAAUGGCAGGCAUCGGAAAUGGAGACACCACUUCUCUCAUCGGCCUAGUCUAUGACGAUGCCAAGAUGUUCCAGUGCCGUGCAUGGGUCACGGCUACCCACCCCAUCAGCCUCACCGAGUUCCUGCGGGGCUUGGCGAGGCAGCUCCUGGCAAAUGAAAACAAUUGCAUGCCGCCGGUGUCGCAGAGCACACUCGGUUUCCUCGGGGAUACUGAGAGGAUGGGGACCGAGGAGCUGAUGAUGGUGGUAGCAAACCACCUUGACGAGAAGCGGUACCUGGUCAUCAUUGAAGAUGUAUGCGCGAGGCCCACGUGGGACUGGAUCAAAAUCCUCUUCCCGGAUCAUAUGAAUGGCAGCCGGAUCAUAGUAUCAUCUCAGAGAGCUGAUGUGGCGAGGCAUUGCGCUGGGCGGCUGAGCAGAUCCUUCACCCUUGAAGGAGUUUCAGAUAAUGACGCACAGCUUUACGUCUCUUCCAACCAGGCUGCCACCACUAAUGAAGCAAAUGUUGUUAUAAAAAUAGAGCCAUACUCAGAGUUGGUUGGCAGGAAGGCGGAAGUUGCUGAUUUAACUAGAAGGAUAUUAGAGGAUGGUCCUGACUGCUACCCAAUCUCCGUGUACGGGGCUAGUGGUAUCGGAAAGAGUGUCCUUGUCAAGAAAGUUAUUUACGAUAGCCUAGAGAUGUCUACGAGGUUUGAAAUGCUAGCAUGGAUCACCAUGAUGCGUCCUUUCAGUCAGGAGGAGUUCUUACGAAGCAUAAUUUCACAAUUCCUUGCAUGCUCCCCAGGAGGGAGGCAAGACUCUGUAAGUCGCACCAGUAACAUGUCUGGUGACAAAUUGGUGACUAAGAUUCUUCAGCUCAUGGAAGGAGGGAGAUCUCUAGUAGUCCUCGAUGGGCUGUCAGCAGACGAAGAAUGGGAUCAGGUGAAGUCGUGCUUAUGGGAUGAUGGUAAUGCUAAACAUAGCUGCACUAUAGUCGUUACCACGACAAAUGCUGCAGUUGCUCAUUAUUGUUCAGGGAAUAAAGACACUCUAUGCAAGUUGGAUCCUCUUGACAGCGCCGCAGUCCGUCAAUUGUUCUAUCACAAGGUAUUUAAGCGUGAUGGGCUAAUUGAGUUGCAUAAACCAAUGGUUGAUCUUGCUGAUCACAUCAUAAAAAAAUGUGAUGGGGACCUUUGUGCAAUCACUAUCAUAAGUGGACUUCUAGGCACCAAAACUCGGACAUCAGAAGCAUGGAACAGCGUGCUAGAACGUUAUGACUCAGAGUUAAGAAAUAAACCUGACCGGGUUGCUACAGCAGCAGCAAAAUUGAGCUAUGUUGAUUUACCAUCCCAUAUGAAAUAUUUGCUACAAUAUAUUAGCAUUUUUCUGAGAGGCUACAGCAUAACGCGCAGAAGAUUGGCAAGUGCGUGGAUGGCAGAAAUCUACAGCAAGAAUAUAAGAGAAGAUAAUGCUGAGGAACUUGAGAAGAUCUUUGAUGGCCUGGUUAUGAGGGGUAUUCUUCAUCCAUUGAAACGAGCAGAAACAACUGGCGGAAGAGUAAAUGUCUGCCAGGUUGAUGAUUUGUUUCAACAACUCGGUGGCUCGGAAGUGAAAUCGGGUGUGUCUAUCCACAUCCUUGAUGAGCACACUGUGAAUAGAAACUCUACAAUCUCCCAACCCAGACACCUAGUGGUUAAAAGCGGGUGGAUAAGACAUGAUGAUGAGUUCAAGAAAAUAGACCACUCUUGUGCCCGGUCACUAACAGUUUUUGGGGAGUGGAGUUCCUUUUUUAUUUCACCAAGCAUGAAGUUGCUAAGGGUGCUUGAUUUGGAAGAUACUGCAGGUCUGGUGGAGCAUCAUGACCUUGAGCAAAUUGGGGAUUUUCGGCACCUUAAGUAUCUGAGUCUCAGGAACACCGGCAUUUCCCAUCUACCUAACUCUUUGGGGAAGUUGCAAGGCCUUGAGGUAUUAGAUAUCCGGGGCACUUACAUCGCCAAGCUGCCAUCUACAAUCAUUCAUCUCACUGGGCUGUGCCAUCUCCGUGGUGGUACAAUGGCGACAUCAAUGGAAGGCAAUUCUCAGCUUGAUUUUAGCUGUGAAGUGACCAGUUGUUGUCCCCAGCCUCUCCAGUGUGCUGCUUCAUCUGCUUUCCGCAUGUGUUUGCUACAUCCGUUUCAGAGGGACAAACCACAUGGUGUGCGUGUCCCGAAGAUGAUUGGGAAACUGAAGUUUAUUACUACACUGGGGACCAUUGAUGUUACAGGCAACAGUCGAAGUGCUAUGAAGGAGCUACAGAAGCUAACACAGUUACAGAGGUUAGGUUUGAUUGGGGUUACUAAACACAACAGCAAGCAUCUCUGCUCCACUCUUGAGCGACUCCAGGAUCUGCGGUCAUUGAUGGUUCACUCUGGAGAUUCACUCGGAAGAUUAGAUACUGUUUCCCCACCUCCACACCAUCUUGAAACAUUGAAACUAUAUGGCAGUCUUGGCACGCUCCCAAGGUGGAUCAAGACCCUUCAUAAUCUCCAAAAGCUAUGCCUUCGCACAACACUCCUGGACAGUGAUGCUGUACAGAUCAUCUCGAAGCUACCCAAGUUGAUCAUGCUACGCCUCUUGGCUAAAUCAAUUAUGGUGGAGGAAAUGGAAUUUCAAAGUGAUGCAUUUCUAAAGCUUGAGCUGCUCCAACUUGACCGGUUAGAAAAUCUCAUGUCGGUAUCAUUUCCAGGAGGAGCACUGCCAAACCUGGAGAUACUGCUUGUCAAUAACUGCAACCUUUUAAGCGGGCAUGUCCUGCGUCAGUUUCACAAGCUCCCCAAAAUUAAAAAGGUGUUGCUGGAUGGCUCUACCGAUCUGGAUCGAAAUGAACGAGCUGCUGCGUUUAAGAAACAUGAGGAGGCGAAGGCAGAGGUAAUACAGAAAAUCAGAGCUCAAGCACAUAUAAUUCGAGCUGCAUUCGCGUUCAAGGAGGCAGCAGCAGCAGCACGCAAUUGACAGCCAAAAAGCCAAACACCAGUUUGCAAGAUGAUGAACGAACUAAAGGAUCCACGUGCUAACCACAAUCUAUGUGAUCACUAUAACAAAAAUGGAAAGGUUGUCCCCUUCCCUGCUCUGCUCCGUCUAGAUCCAUCAGCUGGACCGCCUCUUGAUCCAGCAGCAGAUCCAUCUCCAUCAAUCCAUGGAGCAGGUGCGAGCUAGAGCUGCCCACUGUAGACCUCGAGGGGGAGGAGUCCAGCCUGACGGAGCACCUGGUGGUGGCGUGCCGUCAUGACCCAGGCGUGUUCUGGCUGGUCAACCACGGCGUCCCCCCGCGACCUCACAGCCCGCCUGUUUGGGCUUGCGCACGGGCUCCUUGAGCUGGAUACGGCCAAGAAGUCUCGGCUUCCUGGCUACUUCUGUGGCACGCCGGCGCUUCCUGUCAAGGAGCUCAGCUGACGGCGACCGUUGUCAUUCUUCUCUUGACGCUGCUGAUGGUGAAGCAGACGGUGCCUUGGCGGAGUUCAUGGAGGCGGUGAGGGGGCGCUGGUGGUGAACGUGGGGGACAUGCUGCAGGCGAUGAGCGGUGACGCGGUCCGGGGCCCGGAGCACCGGGUGGUGGCGCCGGCUGGGACGGAGGUGGACAUGAUGUCACUCUGCUACUUGGCGUUCCCGCACGAGGACGCCAUCAUUGUCGGUCAGGAGAUGUACAGAGGGUUCAGCUACGAUGAGUUUCGGGAGCAGGUGCAGGCGGACGUGAAGGCCACCGGCGCCAAGGUCAGCCUUGGCCGCUUUCGCAUCCCCGUCAGUGGAUCAUAGUCAUAAUCAUUGGACUUGGACGGAGCAAGAGCAAUGAAAGCCUGAUCCACCGAUGUGGAGUUGUGGACGGAGCAGAGCAGAGUAGAAUACAGCACGGCUGCUAUUCGUAUAUGUUGUACCCGGCCGUCUUAUGCUUAGUGGGCUGGCUCUCGUGCGUCCGUGCUCCAUAUAUGUAUGGAUCAAAUCCGCACCACCCAUGUAUGGAUCAUCGAUCAAAUCACAUCGUAACAGCA